UGGCAGUAAGAAAAGGACAGAAAUGAUCAAGUAUUGCUUGAGUGAUGUUGAUGAUAUGAAAGAUGAUUAUGAUGAUUAUGAUGAUGAUUAUGAAGAUGAUCAAACCCCAACUACUCAAGGUGGUUUUGUGGACAACUGUUUGGAACUUGAUCUUGGAGCUUAUGUUACAAAGGCUCUGGACAGCAAGGUAUCUGGGGAUAUUCAGGGAAAGUCAAGAAAAAUUCAUCAUCACGCAAAAUCAAAUCAAAAAUUAACAGAGAACAGAAAUCCAGCAUCAUCAAAGACUGUAGCCUGUUAUGGUAAAGGAUGUGAAAAAUUGAUUGACAAUCAAGAGAAAGCAAACAAAAACAAUGAUGAUAAUGUAUCAAUUUUGAACACCCCUCCAGCAUCAACAGCUCACUCAACGAUGGAAAGUAAUACUGUUGUGAAAGACUUUGAACUGUCUGUUUUGAUUGACAGUUUGGACAUGGAUGGCCUUCAAGAUAAGUUCAAGUCCAGAUUUAAGGAAGGGGAGAGUAUUCCACGCAAGUUCUUUAUUGCUGCUCCAUUCUGCCAUCAUCAGUAUCUUUUAUUUGAACCUCAUUGUGACAGGGAAACAGAACAAAACAUGUCUUGUGAAGUCCGUGUCACAUUUAUAUGCGAUGAUAAUCAAAAUACUUACUCUUGUGAAUCUGAUUCACACACAAUCACAAACAACUUCAACAAACUGGCUCAGCUAGAAAGCCAGAAAAGGUAUCUAAGCAUCAACGAAGUUGUAGACAUCUUUGACAAUAGCUUUAUCUGUUGUGGAGAGACUGGAGAAACAUGUGAUCCUAAGAAAGAGUCCUUCAAGAUUAGGAAGACUGUGGUUGCAUAUGAUGUCCUGAACUCUUUCACUGGCCACCAAACUGAAGUGUGCUCAUGGGUUGAAGCAUCUAAAGAAAUAUCUUCUGCACUACACCAGAGACUGCCAGAUGAAACUGCAGCAAAAACCUAUGUCAAUUCACUAAACUUUGCUAAAUAUUCAAAGACUUGUGAGAUAUGCUACAYUGAGUCCAAUGAUUCAAAUGAAGGGUUCACAGCACUUCUGGCAUGUAACCACUGGUUUUGUAAUGAUUGCUGGAAAAUGCACCUUGUAGCACAGCUUCAACUGGGGAAGACAAUAGUUUCCUGUCCUGCCAUGGAAUGUAGUGAAGGCAUUGAUGAUGCAACCUUUAUGUCAUUGGCUCCCAAGUCUUACUUCAGGUACAAGAGCAUYCAGCAGGACAGAGCAUUUGAAAUAAACCAGCAAUGGAAUUGGUGUCCUGGUGACAAGUGCCGACUGGUUGCAAGGGUGUCAAACACCAAAGGAUGUGGAAGUCCAAGGGAAGCAGAUACCAAGCAAGCUACACCUCUGCCAUGUAUGUGUACAUGCUCCCAAGUAUGGUGCUUUGGUUGUCAAGAAGAACCACACUGGCCUGCAUCUUGUGAUCAAGCACAGAGUUUUAGGCAUCAAACUAAAAAAUAUCAAGAGGUAGUAGCCACUUCCGGUGACAAUUGUGUGACCUCUGUUUCUGUUAGACGUUGCCCGAAGUGUAAAUACCCUAUAGAGAAAGAUGGUGGGUGUCAACACAUGACAUGUGCCAAAUGCCGUGGAGAUUUCUGCUGGAUAUGCCUUGGUGUUUGGAACCCUUGGGGAAUACAUGACUGUGAAGAAGGUGUGACAUCAGAGGAAAUAGAACUGACUGACACCAUUGGAAACUCAAGAUUCAAUGAGCAUUUAAGAAUUUCAACAAUUCACAAGAAGGCAAGGAAAGUGGAAUACUUAUUUAAAAUGUACAAGCAAGUAGAGGAUAUCUCAAAUGCUGUUGCUACGCAUCAAAAACUCAUGCAACACAAGCUGCUGAAUGUAAAGCUCCCUUCCAAGACACAGGCUCUUUUGGCUUUGUGCCAUAAGCACGAUAUCCCAGAGAAGUUAAGACUAAUGGUAGAUACAAAGUUUGUUUCCCACAGUGUGAUAGAAGGAGCUUCCAUUCAUAUGGCUACAUCCAAAACCAAACGAGGUCACCAUAAGCUUCAGCAAUUGACUAAUGAUCUGCAUUUUGUGAUCAUUAGACUUGAGCAUUACUUGAACAUGAAGCUAGAGGAUCUUUGCUCAGCUUUAGACCAUGCCACAGUCCUUGUUGAAGCUGCUAAGGCUACAAUUGUUGCCAUUGGGCAGGUCACAAAAGCUAAUUGUCACAAACAUUAAAAGUGUCAUUAAAUCUUGAGUACUAUACA